GAAGUCAGCGAUUGGUUGUUAAAGCUCCACUGAAGUUUUGUGGUGCGGGAAUAAGUUUGGGAGAAGUUAUUGAUCGCAGAGCAGCGAAGGGUUCUGCUCUGGCUUGAGGAGAGGUUUGCACGUGUUCCACCCUGUCGAGAUGGUGGACAGCGUAUACCGGACCCGGUCGCUCGGGGUGGCGGCGGUUGGUUUGCCAGACCAGUACGCUGACGGCAAAGCAGCCAAGGUUUGGCAGCUGUACAUUGGAGACACCCAGAGUAGGACUGACGAGUACAGGAAUGCGGUUGUCCGGCUUCUGCGCCAACACAAGUGUCAGCGAAUCUUGGACGUGGCUUGCGGCACCGGAGUGGAUUCCAUCAUGCUACUGGAGGAGGGCUUCACCCUCGUGAGUACAGAUGCCAGUGACAAGAUGCUGAAAUACGCCUUGAAAGAGCGAUGGAACCGACGGAAAGAAGCAGCAUUUGAUAAUUGGGUAAUCGAAGAAGCCAAUUGGCUGACCUUGCCCUCGGACAUCCCAAAACCAGGUGAUGGGUUUGAUGCCGUGAUUUGUUUGGGGAAUUCAUUUGCACAUUUGCCAGACUUCAAAGGUGACCAGAGUGAUCAGAAGUUGGCUCUAAGUAAUAUUGCCAGCAUGGUGAAACCUGGUGGAAUAUUAAUCAUUGACCAUCGGAACUACGAUGCCAUCCUGGAAACCGGCCAGGCUCCGAAGGGCAAAAAUAUUUACUACAAGAGUGACCUGACCAGAGACAUUAGCACUUCUGUGCUCUAUGUAAACAACAAGCCUCACAUGAUAACGUUGGAUUACACCGUUCAUGUCCCAAAUAAGGACCAGGAAAAGCAGGCAGACGUGAGCACCUUCCGGCUCUCCUACUACCCGCACCGCGUGGAUGCCUUCACCAAGCUCCUGAAGGAUGCCUUCCAUGGAAAAUGCCAGCACACCCUGUACGGUGACUUUAAGCCUCACCCACUUGACCAAGGCAGUGUUCCAUGUUAUUUCAUCCACGUAGUGAAGAAGAUCGGCUGAGUCAAAGAGCUUCAAAUCUGGGAAAGCUGGGACGCACAAAAAAAGCAAGGUUACAGAGCAAAUAGCAACAGAAGAGGCAAAUGCAUGGAGGGACAAUGGGCAAAUAAAAUGUACUGGGGGAACUACAAAGAUGAUUACUGUAACAGGAAAUAGCUUGGUGCCUUUAAUUGACUUGAUUAUGGCAAGAAGACCCAAUGUAACAAUUAUGUAAUUAGUAAAAGUUGUAAUUAUAUGUGUUGAUAUUAGUACUGCCCCAGUAAUGGACCCACAGCUGACAGGAGGAUGAAGUUUGUCAUCAGGACUCCAGAAACUUUUUGCUUACUUAUCAGUGGCCACACUCGCCACCCAAUCACCUUAACCUGGCAAUAAUAGGGGAGGUGAAAAUGUGAGUGUGCCUGAGAAUCUGAACCCAUAAGUUUGUCAGACGUGGAGAACAGCUACUCCACCUUUUGUUCACAAGUUUGGUGUUGGGUGUGUAUGAUGUUGAAUGUGCUCCAAGAGCCCUCGGCAAGGUGAGGGAGAGAAAUGAUUCCAACCUGUCUGAUCAGAACCACCCAGUGAAUGACUGUCAAUAGGCCUUCUUAACCUAGUCAGACUAAAUCAAAUUUUCUUCUCAGCAACUGACUGUUAAACAAUUCCACAGAUUUCUUAACCCCACCGACCCCUCAAAUACUAUUUAGACUCGAAUAAUCCAGUUAUUUGGAAAUCCUGAUGGUUCGGCUCCUGGUUCAUUCAUUCAUCUGGAUUGUGAUUGUGACUGGGGAUGGGUGCAGCCAGGAUUGGACUCUGAACUGUGGGCUGGGUGUGUGACAGGAACUAACAGAAGUGCUGAGCAAGCAGGAUUCCAAAAUGUUGGUAGAUUUGUGGCUGGAGACAGGGUCCUGAGUUCUUGUAAACUUCCUACCCUCUUUAACCUCACCAACUGCAUAACACGGGCAAAAAAAAAAGUGCUACCAGGAUUAACAUCUAAUGGUCUUCAAAAUCUGCUAGUCCACACCAACAAAGUCUCGAGUAUGCUAGAUUAUUUGAGGUUUACUCUCCGUGACCAUUCUGAGCAAAUAUCUUACUGAGAUUAGAGUUCAGUUAGUCCUUUGCCACUUUGCCAUUAGAUUUACAUCUCUAUUCUGUCUGUGUACAAUCUUGGUUUAUUAUCUUUCUCAGCUUGGUUGAGAUGCCUGCUGACCCUUUUUAACUAGUGUUUCACCACUAGGUGGCAGGACAACUGUGACUGGAUUGGUACCUGGUUUAUUAUUGUCAUAUGCACUGGGGUACAGUGAGAAAUCUUGUUUUAUAUGCCAUCCAUACAGAUCAUUGUCACACAUGAUUACAUUAAAGUAAAGCAGGGAAACGGAAUGCUGAACUUGUCAAACCAAGGUUCAACCUGGUCACAGUUCUGAAACAGUGUUGCACUGCUUUCUUUGAACUGGCUAUUGUUUGUGUGAGAUGAACUGGUGAGAUUGAUUUUCAAGUAAUAUCACUGAAGAUCAUAAACGUGACUUAUAGAGGGGUCUCUGCCUGUCGACUGUACUUUGUGUGUGUGUGUGUGUAAUUGAUAGUAACUUUAUGUUGUGGGUUCUCUGAAGUAGGAAUCUGGUCUUCAACUCUGACUUGCAUCCAGGUCUUUGUUGGGGGUUGGCUGGUACAGUUGUUGUUUAAAGCUGCCCUUGCCCUGUAAGCUGAAUGCUGACAAAUCUCUCUCUCCCAACCCAUCCCAUACACCCUUCCACCCCCUCUCCUCCUUAACCAUAGCGAGAAGAGGUUGUUUCCCCUGCACAUUGGGGUGAUAAACCACUUAUGACAGUCACUGAAUCUUUGGCACUGAGAGGCUGGCUUCACAGAUGCCCCACUGGAUCGCCCACUUGGCAGAGGUCUGGGUUCAAUCCUGCCCUCUGGUGCAGACUGUGUGGAGUUUACAUGUCCUCCAUGAAUUCGUAGGUUUCCCACAAGUUCUCUAAAUUCCUCCUCCUUCCCAAAGAUCAGAAUCGGGUUGAAUAUCACCGGCAUAUGUUGUGAAUUUUUUUUUGUCUUUACGGCAGCAGUACAAUAUAAUACGUGGGGGUGAGUAUACAUGACUAUGUAUACUUUAUAUUAAAUAAGUAGUGCAAAAAUAGAAAUUAAAAAGUGGUGUAAUAUUCAUGGUUCAAUGUCCAUUCAGAAAUCUGAUGGCAGAGGGGAAGAAGCUGUUCCUAAAUCAUUGAGAGUGUGCCUUCAGGUUUCUGAACCUCCUUCAUGGUAGCAAUGAGAACAAAGCAAUACCUGGGUGAUGGGCGUCCUUAAUGAUGGAGGCAUCACUCCUUGAAGGUGCCCUGGAUACUACAGAGGCUAGAACCCAGGAUGGAGCUGACUAACUUUACAACUUUCUGCAGCUUAUUUUGAUGUGGGGAUUGGUGGGUUGAUAGGCCACUGUAAGUUACCCUGACUGUGCAGGUGAGCGGCAAAAUCUGAAGGGAACUGAUGAGAAGUUGGGGACAAUUACAGCUACUAUGGGUGAAUGGCAUUAGUGUAAGGGGCAUGGGCAGUAAAGGGCCUGUUCCUGUACUGUACAACUCUAUGUGACUGUAACAAAAGGGGAUUAAUGCCAGAUUAGCGUAUUGGAUGGCUGUUGAUGGGUAUGGACUUGGAACCAUGAGUGCUGUUUUCUGUGCUGUGUUUAUGAGCACAGACUCGUUGUCAAUGAUACCGAUACCCUUCAGUAAGGAACCUGAUGGCUCAACAGAUCUUAAAACUUUCUUUGUUGUCAGACAGCACACAGUGGAAGGUAGAGAUCUGCAUGCUUCACCUGCGCAGUACAGCCAGCGCUCAUACAGCUUUUGCGCUAGGAGUUUGCCUUGUAGUAAUUUUAAUAGAUAGGAAGAAGAAAAUUGGGAAGAAUACACAAAUGUUAAAAGUUUUUUUUUUCAUUAUUUCCUUUUCUCGGAAGUAGUCCUAAGGGCUGGGGAUUUGGAUCCAAAGUAAGCAAGCAGGAUAGAUUUUCUGGAUACCAGGUUGACGUCACUUGAAUUCUUACCAACAUUCCGCCUUGACAUAUAGGAAGGCACUUCAUCUGGGCUGAUAGCUCGGUGCAGCACUGAGUGAAUACUGCACUGUCAGAGGUUCUGUCUUCCAGUUGAGGAAACCACUGCUCUCAUCCGAUGUAAGAGGAAGCUUAAUGGAACUUCCUGAUUAAAGAGCAAUUUAUUUCCCAUAGUGUUUUGGCCAAUAAUCAUCCUUCAGCUGAACUAAAAGAUACGUUAUCACAUUGCUUUUAUGUGGGGCUGUAAGAGACUGGAUUUGUUGAUGACAUUUGAUUGUGCUUUUUAUAUAUAUAAAAAAAUGCUUUGUGAUGUGCUGGAAACUAGUGAUAAAACUGUGAAAACAAAGAGAGGGCUUUCAAAUUUAACAAUAAUCAGGACCUGGAUCUCGCUGGCAUCCCCACUGAGCUGUGAGCUGGUGGACCUAUCUUCUAACUCAAGUCCCCUCUCCUAAACAACCCACCUCUACCCUCUACUGAAAAGUGCUGUGGGGAACAAGGCCUUUUUGGCCUCCACAUUGUGCUGUUGAAUUUGCUUGUAAUAUCCCUCAUCCAGAGGGCUGUGCUGAUCACUGUGGGUGGGGUGGAGGUUUGAGUGGAACAUCUGGACCGGUAAAGAGUGAUUGGGGUGAACAGAUUGAUUCUAUGGUACAUUAUUUCAUGUGCUUCAAUGCAAUAAAGUGCUCUGUAAUGUAACUUCCUCUUUACAUUGACAUGUAUCAAUGCAUCCACAAAAUGAUGGGCUUAAGCACUCCCCUCCCCAGCAGUAUCUAUUGUGCUGGAUUGCGCCGGUUAUCUAAAGCACCAGGUUAAAUAA